AUGUGAGUGUGUGGUAUGACCACGCAAGUUACACAAUAUCUGAACAAGAGGAUAGUGUGCAACUGUGUGUCAUCAGCAAAUCCCCUGGAAUUGAUGAGAUGUUUACAAUCAUUAUCACAACUACCAGCACUGCAAAUUCAACAGUGUUUUUACAGCAAGAAGAUUACAGACUAGAUAUUGAAGUAAACAGUACUCAUCCAAUGGAAACAGAGUGCUAC